AUGCAGCAGUCGUUGGAGAGGAGACACGAGAUAACUGUUGAACAAAGGAAGAGGAAGAGAUUCAGCUCCCGGUUCAAGCUUCUGAGUGGUCUGGAUAACUACCGCUUGGCUAUCUUGGAAGCUGAACUUAACACUUUCCUGAUCCCCCACCAUUGGGAUGCAAAUGCUAUUGUCAUCGUUGUUAAGGGGAAGGCAACAAUCAACUUGGUGCACAAUGAUAAUAGGGAAUCCUACAAUCUUGAGUGUGGAGAUGUAGCUAGGAUUCCUGCUGGAACAAUGGUCUACUUGGUGAACAAAGACGACAACGAAAACCUCCAGAUAGUCACACUCUUCAGGACCAUCUCAACUCCCAGCCACGUCUCGAAAUUCUUCAGCGCCAGCAGCAAAGAUGGGGAAUCAUUCUACACUGCAUUUAGCAAUGAAAUCCUGGAAGCCGCUCUAAGUACUCCAAAAGACAAACUAAAGAGGAUGCUGGGAGAGAAAAGGAAGGGAGUAAUGAGGGAGGCGUCAAAGGAACAGAUUAAGGCCAUAAGCGAGUAG